AUGGCACCGAUCGUGAACCUGGGCAAGGUUGAGCUCGAGAAACUGCUCAAGAAACGGCGUGAGGGAGCAGCCAUCGGCAACGAUGACGUCCAUGCCGCCUUCCAGAACUACAUAUCGCGCCUGGAGCCCCUGGCGGCGUCUCUCCACCUGGGGUCGACGCAGCAGCUGUGGUGGUCGCCGUUCGUCACGCCCUCGGGCGACCCGCGGUCCCAGCUGGACGCCAUGUGGUCCGCGGCCCAGCCGCUGCUCAGCGAGCUGGUCGCCCACCUGAAGUCACGGUCGGCCGCUGCCGGCGGCGACCGUAGUCUGGGUAGCCUGGUCCUCGAGUGUGCCGCCCAGGACAACUGUUCGUCGCUGGUGCAGCGCGCCCUGCCCUACCCGGACAUCUCGGGCGCCCUCGCCGACCUGCUGAGGGAGAAGCGCAUGAGCUCCGAGUCACUGGCCCGCCUGGCGAACGAGUUCAUGCGGCUGCUGGAGCUGCCGGCCGCGCCGGUCGACCUGUGGCAGAAGUCCGAGUUCGGCGCCGCCGGCGAAUGCGCCAGCUACGUCGACACCGAGAAGGUCCGCCUGUGCGCCGGCAGUGACGUGGCCGGCCUGCGCGCCGCCCUGGCGUUGAUGACCGAGUCCGAGUACCGGCGCGCCGUGGCUGUGCAGCCGCCGCCCUUCCGGACGCCCGCCUUCCCAGGGUUCGAGCGGGCCCUGUCGAGCUGUGUGGAGCUGCUGUCGCUGCAGCCGUCCGUGGUGCAGCAACUGGUCUACGGGUACGGCAGCGGCUUGGCGUCCCUGCAGCCGGUCAGCCUGUACCUGGCGCGCGGCGCGCGGCCCUCCGGCCAGGCUGACCCCGUCUGCCAAGGCGACAUCGGCUGCCAGCAGGCGGCCAACGCCCUGAUGGAGGCCGCCAUCACACAGCUGCUGCCGAUCGGUUACCACAUGGCGUCGCUGCGCUGGCUGGAGGGGGCGCUGGCGUCGCCGACGGCCGGCUCGGAUGCCGCCUGGCGUGCCCACCUGCGCGCCGCGCUCGUGGUGUGA